AAUUGCGACGGACGCCGAUAGAGCAGAGCAGAGCCGAGCAGCCAUUAGAAUUAAGAACACACUCUCUCGAUUCCGAGCCCUACCUACCUCUAUUUGUAAAUCCUAGUGUUGGAUUUUUUGGGUUUCGCUUUGGAUUUGACAACAAAUAUGGCGGAUGUGGAUGUGGAUUUGGAUAUGGAGCAGCAGAAGAAGAGUAGAAAAAGAGAAAGAGAUGAAGCGAAGAAGAAGAUACUAAAGAAGCUAGCAAUUAAGCAAGAGAAGGAAUCAAUCUUAAUCCACGACGAACCCAAUAAGAAGAAGAAGCUUAAGCAGCGUGGAGAUGACGAAGAGAAGGAAGCAGCGGUGACAGCUGUUAGCAAUGAUGAAGAGCCCAAGAAGAAGAAGAAGAAAAAGAACAAGGAUGUGAAUAUUGUGAAGUCAAAAGAAGAAGAAGACAAUAGCCUAGAGGAAGAAGAAGAAGACAAUAGCCUAGAGGAAGAAGAAGAAGAAGAAGAAGAAGAGAAAGGGGAGGAAACUAGUGGGGAUGGAAUGAUGUCUAGUAAAACGUUCGAGUCAUUGGGGUUAUCUGAUAAAACUCUUAAAUCUAUCAAAGAGUUUGGUUUCAAAUUCUUGACUGAGAUACAAGCUAAAGCAAUUCCACGAUUGAUGGAGGGGAAAGAUGUGCUUGGAGCUGCCAGGACUGGUUCUGGUAAAACCUUAGCUUUUCUUAUUCCUGCUAUCGAGCUUCUUUACAAUGUCAGCUUUUCUCCUCGCAACGGUACUGGUGUUAUCAUCAUUUGCCCAACCAGAGAGCUUGCUAUUCAGUCUUUUCUCGUAGCCAAAGACCUUCUCAAGUAUCAUUCACAGACUGUGGGAAAGGUUAUUGGCGGUGAGAACAGAAAGAAAGAAACUGAGAUUCUUGUCAAAGGUGUUAAUUUGUUAGUUGCUACCCCUGGAAGACUUCUCGACCACCUUCAAAACACAAAUGGUUUUGUAUUCAAGAACUUGAAGUAUCUUGUAAUGGAUGAGGCUGAUAGGAUCUUGGAACAGAACUUUGAAGAAGACCUGAAAAAGAUUAUCAAGCUUUUACCAAAGACAAGGCAGACGUCCCUGUUUUCCGCCACACAGACUUCCCAGGUUGAGGAUCUUGCUCUGGUGUCACUUAAAGAACCUUUUGUUUAUAUCGAUGUGGAUGAAGGACGAAAAGAGGUUACUAAUGAAGGCUUGGAGCAAGGUUAUUGCGUUGUGCCAACUGCUAAGCGAUUAAUUUUUUUAGUGAGUUUCUUGAAGAGGUUCCUUGGGAAAAAGAAAAUCAUGGUGUUUUUCUCUACAUGCAAAUCGACAAAGUUCCAUGCGGAACUCUGUCGAUAUAUCAAAAUAGAUUGCCUUGAAAUCCGUAGAGGGAUGGACCAGACCAAACGAAGCUCAAUAUUUUUCCAAUUUAAUAAAGCGGAAACGGGUAUUCUGUUGUGUACUGAUGUUGCUUCCCGUGGUCUUGAUAUUCCCCAUGUGGACUGGAUUGUGCAGUAUGAUCCACCUGAAGACGCUAAGACGUAUAUUCAUAGAGUUGGUAGAACCGCUCGUGGUGAAGGAGCAAAAGGAAAGGCUCUGCUUGUCCUAACCCCAAAUGAGUUGCAGUUUAUUCAGCAUCUCAAGGCGGAAAAAAUUCCCAUUGAGGAACAUGAAUUUGAAGAAGAUAAACUGCUCAAUGUGAAAUCUUUUUUGGAGAACUUGAUAAAUGAUAACGAUGCAUUGAAGGAGUCAGCAAAAGAAGCAUACAAGACUUACAUUGCAGGAUAUGAUUCUCAAAAGAUGAAAAAUGUAUUUGAUGUUCACCGACUCGAUAUCAAAGAUGUUGCGGCUACGUUCGGUUUCUCGGAUCCUCCCAACGUUGCUCUGAAGAUAGAUCGAGGAGGGUACAAGAGUAAGAGAGAACCGGUUAAUAAGUUUAACAGAGGUCGCGGCGGUAGAGCCGGCGGUAAAAAAUAUGAGAGGUAUUAAAAUUUAAAAAUACAGACUAAAAUUAUAGUUGCAGAAGAACCAAGACUACGUCGUAGUUAGUAUAACUGGCACAAGCUUUUUACGAUUGUUGUAUCUUUUUCUUGGUUACAUUACGAUUGUUUUAUCUGGAACCAGACAAAGAAAGUCCAGUUUUGUUACUGUUGUCCUGCGUUACUCAGAAAUUUUGUUCAUUUUUAUCUUGCAAUCAGACACAAUUUGUCUUC